GACAAGUCAUAAUUAACUGUCAUCAAAACCAAACUUUGAGAAAGUUUUUUUUCCGAAUGGAUUCGUCAACUUUCCUCAUCAAACGAGUAAAAUAUUUCGAAAUUCUCCAACAAAAAGAACACGACACCUAUCAAAAAUUGCUAUUCAGUUCCCUGACUCCUGAAGGAGAAAUUUCUCAAGAGAAAUCCGUAUUGCUUCAGUACGCAGCCGAAAUGCUGCGCAGAAACGAAGCUGGGCGCGCAGCUGAAAUCGAACGAGCUUCGAAUGAGUCGAUUCAGCGAAUAGCUGCGCAACGACAACACGAACACUUGGCAACUAUAAGAAUACUAGAGCCCGAGCCUAUUCAAGAAAUGCAGAAUAGAACCUUACUACCUUUGCUCACGUAUUCAGGAGCUGAACGAAUCAUACACAACCAACUUGUAUUACCCAGUUUGAGAAAGAGAAAAAUACCAGAUCAAGAACACGCUAAUCAAAAUGAUGGGUUCGUGCCAGCCACUUUAUCAAAAAAAUUAAGAAUGACUGACGCAAAAACAGAAGGGCCAGUAUUUGAAUUUGAAGAAGGUGAACCCAUUUUGGAAUUAUUAGACACCACUGAGGUAGAAAUGUUGUAGUUAGACAGUAGUCAUAGUUUUGUAUCGUCGAGCUAGUAAAAUACGUCGUUUUAGUUGUCUUGUAUUGGUACUUAUAAUUUUUGUAGAUAAUAAAUGUAGAUAAUAAUUAUGUCAGAAUUAU